AUGGAGGUUUCUGUGGCAAUCUUGUUACUCGGGGUCCUGCUCGUUCUACUCUGGUUACUUGACAAAAAGAAGAGCAGCAGGACGCGUGGUCUUCCUCCAGGCCCGCUCGCACUUCCUCUUGUAGGAAACCUGCCACAGCUGGACAAACACGUUCCUUUUAAAAGCCUCCUUAAGCUGAGUGAAACGUACGGCCCGGUGAUGACGGUGCACUUGGGCUGGCAGCGUGCAGUGGUCCUGGUAGGCUACGAGGCCGUCAAAGAAGCUCUCGUGGACCAGGCGGACGACUUCACCGGCAGAAUGCAGAUGCCAUUCCUCGUCAAAGCCACCAGGGGCUAUGGUUUGGGCAUCAGCAACGGUGAGCGCUGGCGUCAGCUUCGACGUUUCACCCUGACCACGCUGCGGGAUUUCGGGAUGGGCCGCAAAGGGAUGGAGGCGUGGAUCCAGGAAGAGAGCAAACACAUGAUGGCCCACAUUGACACUUAUAAAGCCACCCCCUUUGACCCGUCCUUCCUGCUGAGCUGCUCAGUAUCCAACGUGAUUUGCUCCCUGGUGUUCGGCCAACGCUUUGACUAUGCGGACGCCGACUUCCUGCGGCUGCUUUCCAUCAUUUCAGAAAUACUCCAGUUUGUGGCCAGUCCUCUGGGGCAGUUGUACAACAUUUUUCCGUGGCUGAUCGAGCGCCUUCCUGGUUGUCAGCACAAGGUGUUUGGACACAUGGAGGUGGUGCGAUCCUUUAUCAAUGAGAAGAUCCAGCAGCACCAAGACUCCAUGGAGCCUGGCACACCCCGAGACUACAUCGACUGCUUCCUGAACCGCAUCCAACAGGAGAAGCGCAACGAGGCCACUGAAUUCUUCUACGAGAACCUGCAGGCCACAGUCAUGAAUCUCUUCAUGGCAGGAACCGAAACCAGUAGCUCCACCAUCAGAUAUGCCCUCAGUGUGUUCAUCAAACAUCCCGAAGUACAAGAGAAAAUGCAGCAGGAGAUCGACGCCGUGAUUGGACGAGAGCGCUGCGUCAACAUGGAGGACAGGAAGUUCAUGCCUUUCACGGACGCUGUCAUCCACGAAGUGCAACGCUUCCUUGACAUCGUCCCCUUCAGCAUACCGCACUGCACGCUCCGUGACGUCCCGUUCCGAGGUUACACCAUUCCCAAGGGCACCAUCAUCGUGCCCCUGUUGCAUUCUGUGCUGAAAGACGAGACACAGUGGGCGGAUCCUCGAACCUUCAAUCCGCAACACUUCCUGGACCACAACGGCAACUUUAAGAAGAACCCGGCGUUCAUGCCUUUUUCAUCAGGAAAAAGAGCUUGCGUCGGGGAGUCUCUGGCCCGCAUGGAACUGUUCAUCUUCCUGGUCUCGCUGUUGCAACAUUUCAGCUUCUCCUGCCCGGGGGGUCCAGACAGCGUGGACCUGACCCCAGAGUACAGCAGCUUUGUCAACAUGCCUCGACGACACCAGCUCGUUGCCAUGCCACGCUGA